AUGUCAGCGAUGGCGGCGGCGAGUGAAGCGGCGUAUGGCGGAGGCGUGCAGAAGGGGUCCCUGCAGCAGCACCAGGCGCCGCAGCCCGGCCCCGGCUCGGUCUUCUACACCCCUGACGGCAUCGCCGGCUACGGGAAACCGGCCAUCCCGCCGUUCUACCAACAGCCCGCGGGCAGCAAUGCCGUCGUGCCGGCGGCUCCGGGGCUAGCUCAUUCCCCCGCCACUUCUGAGCCCUUCAAGCGCAAGCGCGGGCGCCCGCGCAAGUACGGCCCCGCGGACGGCGCCGUGCCCCUGGCUAUCGUGCCCCCGUCGCAGCCACCCACUGCUCCUGCCCCAACUGCCCCUGAGGCUUCACCCACGAUUCCUCCUGGCUUCUCUCCAAGCUCGCAGGGUGGUGGCGUGGUGAGUUCCCAGGUCUCACCGGCGCCGCCGCCGGCGGCGGCGUCAGGUGCUCCCGCUGUCAAGAAGCGGGGCCGGCUGCCGGGCCCCUCCAGCAAGAAGCAACAGCCGCAGGCGGCAGUGCCUGGACCAGGCUGGGCUGGAUGGAAGCCUCAUAUUUUCACAGUCCAAGCUGGAGAGGAUGUAGCAUCAAGAGCCAUGUCAUUUUCUGGGAAUGGAUGGGCAGUUUGUAUCCUCACAGCCAAUGGUGCUGUAUCUAACGUGACCCUGCGUCAAGGAGAGUCUUCUGGUGGAACAGUAACUUAUGAGGGCCGUUUUGAAAUUCUUUCUUUGGCUGGGUCGUAUCUUCUGUCAGAAAGUGCUGGCAUGAGCAGUCGAACAGGUGGACUUAGUGUUGCUCUUGCUGGUCCUGAUGGGCGUGUUUUAGGUGGUGCUGUAGCAGGUCCUCUAACCGCAGCUUCGCCAGUUCAGGUGGUCAUUGGAAGCUUUCUGGCUGAUACAAAAAUGGAGCUUGACCCUGGAUCAGCACCCGAAAAACAUGUUUUCGGAAGGUUUCCAACUGCCAGCAGUCCAUCUAGGGGUACUGAGUCCUCGGGUGGGCAUGCAAGCCCACCAAACACCACAGGCUCCUUCAGCACCAGCACACAGCCACCAGGUUUCCCAAACUUUCCCCCCUGGAAAUGA